AUGGAUCCAUCUCUCCGUUCCCACUACCUCGCAGACAAUCCUCCCACCGUCGUCCGAUUGGAGAUCGCCCCUCACUUCGCCGCUCUUCCGCCUAAACACAAGCGAUAUGCUCACCAUCUGAGUCGUGCUUCUUUCCACGGCACUCGUGUAACGCUAGCACAAGUGUCGCCGGAGUCUCCUGUCAUCUACGAUCUCAUACUUGCUCUCCAUCGUGCCUGCAAUGGCGAUUACAAGAAACUCUCUGCCGAUACCUCUGUGUCAUCCUCCGACAUCACGCUAUGGCUCGAGUACGCCGCCCAAUUUCUGGGUAAUACAGGCAAUUACAAGGGAUUCGGGGACUCUAAGUUCAUACCGAGAAUUUCACCUGAGGACUUGAAGAAGCUCUGUGAUGUCAACCAGGAAUGCAAAAGCAUCCAUGAGCAGGCUACGAAGACAGGAGGAGGUAUAUAUGAGACCAAGGAUGUGGCUCUCAUGCACCUUGGGUACCCGGAAGCUGGCCAUAUGUCAGCUUACUACCCGGAUUCACCGACAAUCACGAAAGAGGAGAUUUCUAUCGUUGGGGACGUGCUCGAGGAGAAGAAGUUGCUGAUAGAAAACACCAGACUGCGGAAACUGGACUCAGGAGAUUUUGAGUUGCUCAUUGCGUCCGGGGUGUCGAACCCGCCUGCGUCGGAGCGAGAUCUCGGUGAUGUUUCAACAAUCGACUUGACAGGGAAGCUUGCUGGAAAGAAGCUGCACCUUCGUUUCGGGGACUACCAAGAAGAGAUGGCCAAAAUCGCCCUUGAGAUCAAGAAAGCGAGAAAGUAUGCUGCCAACGAGAUUGAAGAAAAGAUGCUUGACGAGUACGCGAGGUCUUUUGGAACUGGCAGCAUCCAAGGAUUUGUGGAAUCGCAGCGUUACUGGAUCAAAGACAAAAAGCCAAUGGUCGAGACGGAUAUAGGGUUUGUCGAGACUUAUCGAGACCCCCAAGGUGUCCGAGGUGAGUGGGAAGGCUUUGUUGCCAUGGUGAACCAAGAGCGGACCCGCGCAUUCGGCAAACUUGUCGACGCAGCACCAAGCAUGAUUCCGAAGCUUCCGUGGAGCAAGGAGUUCGAGAAAGACAAGUUUCUGAGUCCCGACUUUACUUCAUUGGAGGUCCUGAGCUUCGCCGGUAGUGGUAUACCGGCAGGUAUCAACAUUCCGAACUACGAUUUCAUCAGACAGAACGAAGGCUUCAAAAAUGUGAGUCUCGGGAACGUCUUGAGCGCGAAAGCCCCCAAUGAGCCAAUCCCAUUUAUUCGCAAGGAAGACGACGAGCUCUUCCGUAAAUAUCGUGACCCUGCUUUUGAGGUGCAAGUCGGCAUCCACGAACUUCUGGGUCACGGUUGUGGAAAGUUACUCCAGGAAACGGCCCCUGGUUCAUACAACUUCGAUAUCAAGAACCCCCCAAUCAGCCCGGUUACCAAGAAACCAAUCACCUCAUACUACAAACCCGGUCAGACCUGGUCCAGCGUCUUUGGAUCGAUUGCUUCAUCGUACGAAGAGUGCCGCGCCGAAUGCGUUGCGAUGGCUCUGUCCUGCGACUUUGAGAUUUUGCAGAUCUUUGGAUUCGGCGAUGGCAAGGAAGAUAUCAGCAACGAGGCUGGCGAUGUUCUUUACGCGGCGUAUCUCCAAAUGGCCCGUGCGGGAGUGGCGGCAUUGGAAUACUGGGACCCGAAGUCCCGGAAAUGGGGCCAAGCGCACAUGCAAGCUCGCUUCUCAAUCCUGCGCACAUUCAUGGACGCCGGUGGAAAUUUCUGUGAACUCAAGUCUCCAGGCGGCGAUAUCAAGAACCCGGACGACCUUGAAAUCCACCUUGAUCGGAAGAAGAUCCUGUCCCACGGACGGCCGGCGGUCGAGGCUUACUUGCAGAAGCUCCACAUCUACAAGGCGACUGCUGACUUUGAAGCUGGCAAGCAGUUGUACGACGACAUCACCAAUGUAGAUGAGUGGUGGGCGGAGAAGGCGAGACCGAUUGUGCUGAAGAAAAAGACUCCCCGCAAGGUGUUUGUGCAGGCCAACACGGUGCUGGACGAGGAGAGCGGAGACGUGAAGCUGGUGGAGUACGAACCGACGAUAGAGGGCAUGGUUCAUAGCUACGUUGAACGUAACGUCUAG